UGGAUGCUCUCGGUGCCAUUCCAUCAGUAGAGAUUGAGCCUCUCCCAAGGGGUGUGAUCCAGGUGUUCUCUGCCCUGUUUGAAGGCAGCCAGACAUCAGAGGUUCCUGAAGCUGACCUGUCCUCCAUCGACCCCUCAUUGACACGUAGUCUCAUGCCAUUCCAGAGAGACGGUGUCAACUUUGCUGUGUCCAAAGAUGGCCGCCUCCUCCUGGCUGAUGACAUGGGACUGGGGAAGACAGUACAGGCCAUUUGCAUAGCUGCCUACUACAGGAAAGAGUGGCCUUUAUUAGUGGUGGCCCCUUCUUCUGUCAGAUUCACCUGGGCUGAGGCCUUCAGGCAGUGGCUGCCCUCUGUGCAGCCUGACAGUAUCAAUGUGAUUGUCAAGGGGAAAGACAACCUGAGGGGGGGUCUGGUCAACAUCAUCAGCUAUGAUCUACUGAGCAGGAUGGACAAGCAGCAGGUCGCUAACCCUUUCAAUGUCCUCAUAAUGGAUGAGUCCCACUUUCUGAAGAACAUGAAGACUGCCCGCUUUAAGGCUGCCUUGCCGCUGCUCAAGGUAGCGAAGCGUGUGAUCCUGCUGUCGGGGACUCCUGCCAUGUCCAGACCCUCAGAGCUCUACAGUCAGAUCCUGGCUGUCAAGCCCUCCCUGUUUCCCCGCUUCCGUGACUUUGGGACCAGAUACUGCAAUGCCCGACAGCUGCCGUGGGGUUGGGACUACUCCGGCUCCAGUAACCUAGGAGAACUGAAGCUGAUGUUAGAGGAGAGUCUAAUGCUACGCCGUCUCAAGUCAGAGGUCCUCUCUCAGCUUCCUGCCAAGCAACGCAAGGUUGUCACGGUGACCACAGACGGUAUCAACACCCGCACCAAGUCAGCCCUGUCUGCCGCAGCCAAUGAUCUGGCCAAGGGACAACACAACCACAACAAGAUGAAGGAGGCUCUUCUGGUCUUCUUUAACCACACUGCCGAGGCCAAGAUUAAAGCCAUCAUGGAGUACAUCAUGGAUAUGCUGGAGUGCGGAAGAGAGAAGUUCCUGGUGUUUGCUCAUCACAAGCUGGUCCUGGACGCUAUCACCACGGAGUUGGGAGAGAAGGGUAUCGACUACAUCCGUAUAGACGGCUCCACCCCGUCCGCAGAGCGGCAGCAGCUGUGUAACCGGUUCCAGUUCACUGACAAGAGCUGUGUAGCGGUGCUCUCCAUCACUGCAGCUAACAUGGGCAUCACCCUGCACUCUGCUGCUCUGGUGGUGUUUGCUGAGCUAUUCUGGAAUCCCGGGAUAAUGAUCCAGGCCGAGGACAGAGUGCAUCGUAUCGGUCAGACCAGCAACGUGGACAUCCACUACCUGGUCGCCAAGGGAACCGCAGAUGACUACCUGUGGCCGAUGAUCCAGGAGAAGAUGCACGUUCUGGAGCAGGUGGGGCUAUCAGAAUCCAACCUGUCAGAGAAGGCAGAGUCUGCCAGCUUCCACUCCAAGGACUCCCAGCAGAGGAGGAUCACAGAGAUGUUCCAGAGGUCGUUCACUGAGGUGGAGGAUGAUAUGGAUGAAGCUCUCCUAUUGGAGGCUGUGGAGGCCUGGGAUGACCCUAGCAACCAACCAGGAAGUGAUGUGGAAGAGAGCCCCAGCAAGAAGAGACGCAUAGAGGACUACUUUGGCAGAUAAUUCCUGGAGGAAAUCAAGUGAUGUCCCAUGUAUACCUAUGGUCUCCUAUCAUAAUGAAACAGAUUAUCAUGAGUCGUGUAUUUUGUUGGAUCAGCUGUUUCUGGGUAUUGUUUUUCAUCUUUGUAAAUAUUGCUCUCAACAAACUUUUUCUUUGCAACCAAAGUAAAUAAAAGGAAUUUUUGGAAAUGA